ACAGCGAAAGUGGGAAAUGGGGCGGGAUGCUGCGUGCUCGCAGCUUGGUGAGAUUCGCGCAAUGAUCCGUGGAUCUCUUUGUUUCGUGAUCGUACCGUUUGCAUCACUCCCCUUCCGUUUUGAGGGACUGUAAAGGGCGGGGGGGUUGCAAUAUAACGUGCUUUCUAAUCCUUUGCUAACUGGUCAAGUACCAAAACAGUCGCUGGAAACACUGCAAUUGAUGUCGUAAUAAGAGAUUUAUCCCUCGUCGGUAUGGCUAGCUCCAGCAAUCGAAGCGACUCCCGCCGGCACGCACCCUCCACCGCUUCCGCCCAUUCGAGCACCAUUCCAGGCAGCUCUUCUGCCUCUAUGUCCUCCUCCGUCGGCGCUACCACCACCUCCUACCACAGCUCGAUGAGCUGCUCGCCGCCUGACUCGCCCAACGCGACGCUGUCCCUGUCGGUCAGCAGCUCCUCGGCCCGGGACGCUUCCUCCCGCCGGCACGUCCUCUCGCACAUCAACGACAUCUUCAAGUGUACGAUCUGCUUCGGCCGGCUGGAGGAUCCGCACCUGUGCCCCCAGUGCUCGAAGCUGUACUGCUACGACUGUAUCGGCGAGUGGCUCGAUUCGGGCAGCAGCCAGAGCUGCCCGAACUGCAAGAUCUUCCUGCAGCUGGAUCAGCUCGUGAAGGUGCGCUGGUUCGACGACAUCCAGCAGCUGCAGCGCAACCUGCGUGCGCUGACCUGCGGCAGCGAGGAGCGUGACGGCAAGCCAGGGGAGGAAAGCCUCGUGCCCGCGGCCGACCUCUGCCCGAAGCAUCGCAAGCGGGUGAACUUCUACUGCUCCACCUGCGAGCAGUGCGUGUGCGAGGUGUGUGCGACGGGCGGGGACGGCGAUGCGGGACAGCACCGGGACCACACGUUCAAGGCGCUGCAGGUGACGUACGAGCAGCACGUGGCCCUGCUGGACGGCGAGCUGGAGAAGGUGGAGCACUACCGGGACAAGCUGUCGCUGCUGCUGGACAAGAUCGACCGCAACGUGGAGCUGAUCCGGCGGGUGAAGACCGUCAAGCACAAGGAGCUGGAGGCGAUCAUGGUCGCCGCACUGAACAGCCUCGACCGGCAGGAGGAGCAGAAGCUGACGAAGCUGCGCGUGCACCAGUUCAAGCUGAUGACCGAGAUCGAGGAGGUGAACGAGAAGCUGCAGGCGAUGCGCUACGACAUGGAGUUCCACAGCAAGCCGCAGCUGAUACAGAUGAAGCCGAAGAUCGUGGCCGCCUGCAAUGCGAUCCGGCUGAUGCCGAUCCGCGACUUCAAGCAGAUCCGCGUACCGGCCAGCCUGAAGAUUGAAAUUCCGCACCUGUUCGAGACGGGCGUCUUUGUGGUGCAGAACUUUUCCACCUUCGACGACAACAAGGUGGUGUACUCGAACGAGUUUUCCGACUGCAUGGGGCGCACCUGGCGCAUCAUGGCGUGGUGCGUCAUAUCGGAGGAUCACUUCGGCAUCUAUCUGGAGCUGGUGCACGGCAGACCCUGCUGGAUGGAGUGUACCUUCCAGCUGAUACACCUCGAGCCGGAGAAGACGAUCAGCAAGACGAUCCGCCAGUACUUCGACCGGACGCCCCAGAAGGGCUGGGGUUUGCGGGACUUUGUCACGCUGAAAACGAUACUGGAGGAAAACUAUCUGCGGCUGAACGAUUCGCUCGAGCUGCUGUACAACAUACGGCCCUGCUCGCCGACCGAGACGGACCAUGCGCUGGAUGCAGACGAAUCGUCGAGCGAACAUUGAGGAGGUGGAGAAGAUCCUGGAAAGCACUCUGUGCCAUUACUUUGUCAUUUUGUUCUAUUGACAUUAUUUUACUGUUUGUUUGCUUUUGUUUUUGUUUUUAUUCUGUUCAUGUUUUGUACAAGACUGAUGAUGAGGCAGGAGAGUGAUGGAUGCAUUAGUGUCGUAAGAUUAAAAUAAAAUUGUAUCCUAAAGUGUA